AUGCCACCUGCUCGUCCCGUUCAGACUGCUUUGAUCGGCCUCUCAUCCUCGGCCGUCACGGCUUGGGCGGCCGAUGCGCAUUUACCAGUGCUUGUGAACGCCCGGUACAAACAUCUCUUCAACAUCACCGCCCUCUGUAAUAGCAGCGUCGCGGCUGCAAAAUCCGCCAUUCAAACCUACCAGCUCGAUUCUUCAUGGGUGCGAGCCUAUGGAAGUCCCGAGGACCUCGCCGCUGAUCCAGCGGUCGAUCUCGUACUCUGCAACACACGAGCAGACAAACACUACGAAACGAUUCUUCCUAGUCUGCGAGCGGGGAAGUCCGUCUACAUCGAGUGGCCCAUUGCAAGCAAUCUGACACAGAUUGAUGAGCUGGUGGCAGCAUUCCGCGCAAGUACUAACCCGUUGCAAGUGGCGGCAGUCGGUCUGCAGGGCCGGUUCUCGCCGGCCGUGCUGAAGAUGAAGGAGCUUCUCCAUUCAGGAAGCCUGGGGAGGCUAUUGGGUACAGAAGUGACAGCAUAUGCAGGCACACAGAGUCCAGAUGUGUUGUCAACGGGCUUGAAAUACUUUGCGCAAAAGGAAGUUGGGGGCAACCCAAUUACCAUCGGAUUUUCGCAUCUAAUCGACUGGGUUCAGUCAGUUGUGGGCGACGUAGUUCCCGAAACAGAACAUGUGCAUUUCCAACUUCAGCACCCGGAAAUACGCGUCCGAGACCCUAGAACUGGCGAAUUAGUGGAGAAAUUUGCGUCAGAUGUCCCGGAUUUAUUGAGUUUGCAUGGCUCCCUUCCUGAAUCCUCCUUCGCAGUACCAAAGGCAACUCUAGUUGCCUAUUUUUCACGGGGCCGUCCUUUCCCCGGCGAUCCCGCGAUAUCGUGGACGUUGAACUGCGAAAGGGGGACUAUUCGCUUUGUCUCCCCGUCAUCAACUGCGUUGCACGUGAAUGGAUAUGAAGCGCCCAUAACUAUUACCGUCCAUCAAUUCAAGGCGAACAGGCUCGAGCAGGUACCUUGGACAUGGUCAGAGGCACAGCUAGAAUUUCCUCUGCGCGCGAGGUCUACCCAGGACUGUCUGGUAGCCCUUGUUGAAGGAAACAAAGAAAGAUAUGUUUCCUUGGAAGACGGCGCAAAGAGAGCGAGGCAGACUUUACGGUGGCUAGGCUCCUUUCAAGGCCAGAAAUAG